AUGGAGGACCAUCCUGACCACUGGAAGUCGACUCUCCUAGGCGAGGACUUUUGGAAAGAUGCAGAAGCCUUUAACCGGGUCACCAACGAUGAAAUCGAGGCUGAACACGAACAAAUCCUCCACAAGUUUCCCUUCAACCUAGGCCCAGAGCAGGGACCUGCUCCCCGUCCUCCCGGCAGCGCGGGCCAGACACUUACCAAGCAACAUCACCACCACCACCACCACCACCACCAGCAACAGGAGGAAGAAGAGUACGUACAGGAACAACAGCACCAACCAGGCCGUCGUCGCCGCCGUUUUAGCAUGAACGACGCUUUCAGCUUGAGCUCCCUCAACCUCAGCCCUAGUCACCUCCUUGGUCGACGUUCUCGCUCUAGCUCUCGUUCACGCUCUUCACACUCACCCACGCGUCCUCCCAGCGUUCUAUCAGAGAGUCGUCGGACGAACUCGCGGCUACGUUUCGCACUCACCAUGGCGUGCAACAGCAAAAAGAAAAGAGACGACGACGCUGAUACUGACUCCAUCUACUCAAUCCCACUCCGCGGCCCGAAGGACCCAGGUACCCCAGAGAAACCACUAAUGUUCUUCCGCGGCGGUGCCUCCUGGAACGUCCUCCCCAGAGACAUGCAGGAGAUAGGCAUCGACCUAUUCUGGCCCGUCAAGCAGGAUCAAGAGGGUGAUCGGGAGGUCCUACACAUCGAGGAGAUGGCCCCGCUGUGCCAGUUCCGCGGACUGCGUGUGCUCAAAAUCACGGGUAUGUUGCAGUCGUACCAGAAGUACAUCUGGCAAGCUGCGUGGUUGAACACGGAACUCGAGGAGCUGGAACUGGGCAUGGCGAUUGGACCACGCAUCCGGCGGAAUUUCCCCGGUGACUGGCCUUUUAUCAAGGGUGGAUGGACUUUGAAGCAGGAUACUUACGGUGAACCGGUUUACUACGGCCACAUGGGCACCGGCAAUCUCCAACGCACCAUCGGCAUCGGCGAAUACCUCGACAAAACCAGCAUCGAAAAGGCCAAGGUCCGCGCCAUGGCCACCGGCCGCACGCUGAACCGUCUCUCCAUUAAAACCUUGACGCUGAACGGCUUCGUUGUCGACGCGGAUCCGAUACUGCUCUGGUUCGAUCCAAAGAUGCUGCGUUGUAUCAAUUUUCGAGAUAACUGUGUUGACGCGGGUUUUUAUCUGUGUCGGCCGAUGAGGAAGGUUGAGGUGAAAUUUCCUACGGAGAUUCAGGAGAAGACUGUUACUGUGAGGAGGGUUGAUGUGCGCAAAGAGCUGAAAAUCGUGGAGCUAAGAGGUGGGAAGAAGGUUAGUGAGGCGCCGUAUUCCGGCCGGGAGAGCCAUGAUAUUGGCUCUGGAGAUGGAAAUGGUGUCCAGGGGGUUGAGGGCCGUGACUUUGAGCGAAAAACGGGUGAGUUGAAGCUCGACAGUCCUGAGCAAGAGGGCAUUAGGACUACUACGGUUGUCGAAAUCAAGAACAUGCCCGCAUAUGCACAUGACAAUGGAGAGGGUGCUUCGUAUGCGUACUACCGCAAUGUGUUCUAA